AUGACUGGCGGCAAAUCUGGUGGCAAGGCUAGCGGCAGCAAGAACGCUCAAUCUCGUUCUUCCAAGGCCGGUUUGGCUUUCCCCGUCGGUCGUGUCCACCGUCUUCUCCGCAAGGGAAACUACGCUCAGCGUGUUGGUGCUGGUGCCCCUGUCUACCUGGCCGCUGUCCUUGAGUAUCUCGCUGCCGAAAUCCUCGAGCUUGCUGGAAACGCUGCUCGCGACAACAAGAAGACCCGUAUCAUCCCCCGCCACCUCCAGCUCGCCAUCCGAAACGAUGAAGAGUUGAACAAGCUCCUGGGUCACGUCACCAUUGCCCAGGGUGGUGUUCUUCCCAACAUUCACCAGAACCUCCUCCCCAAGAAGACCCCCAAGGCCGGAAAGGGCAGCCAGGAGCUGUGA